AUGUCCGACCUCCGCCGCGGCCUCGUCAAAGACCAGCUCUCGGCAGCGCGGCACGCUCGUGCGCAAGUAGAGGGCAGACCCUCGCUCAAACCGCUCGGGAAGGACGACAGGAAUCGCUGUUUGUAUGCGAUGGACUUGAUCGAGCAAAGCUUCAACAGACUGUUCGCGAUCGACGAACUGCAAGGCCUCGCGUGGAUCGCCCUCCAUUGCGAGUUCCUCUCGACGACCGAAGACAACCUCCGCAAACGCCGAGACAAGACCACCGACGUCUCGCUCCGCGCCGAACUCAAGGCCGAGCGCACUCAAGUACUCGGUACGCUCGUAAGGUGGCAGAAAGAGUGGGAAGCGCUCGGGAUUGAGCGGAAGAGAGAGGACGAGGUGCUGACGUUGAUUGCGCAUGCGAGCGAUUCGAAAUUGCUGGUUGAGAGGCUGCGCUUCUCUCACGACGACUCGGAAGACGGCGAGGAGCCCACAACGGAGGAAGUAAGGCGGAGGGAGUGGGAGAGCGAGGUGGAGGCGGCGAAGAAGGAGGUUGAGACUGUCGAAGCGGUCCUUAACUACGUCACAGCGUCGCUCAUCCUGCCCGCAGGCGAAACGUGCGAAACCCGCUACCACGACGCGCCUCCCCCUCCUCCCUCCGCACCAGCUCGGCGCGCUACCCACCCCCAUCCAGUUCGAGCCGGCCACGCCCGGAGGCCGACUCUUGUCCAGGCUUCGCUCGAGGACGGGAAGAAGAUGGGAAGCGGAGAGGGAGAGGGGUGGUGGGGGUUGCUGAACUUCUUCAAGCGGAGGAACACGGAGCCGGCGCUCUUGUCGGCGGGUGAAGGUGAAGAGAGGGAGCUAGGGAGGAGGGGAAAGCGGGAGGGGACGUAUAGGAUGAGGAGGAGGUAUCUGGGCGAGGGGUAUUGA